AUGAAGGAGCAGCCAGCAGUGGACGAGUGGCAUCGGCAACUUUGGCCGGGACAGCCUGUGCCAGUCGUUACUCCAGAGAAGGGUGGCGGGGAAUAUGCCACCAGGUAUGUGACUACGUCUGUGAUGGUAGCAUAUGUGCUUCACAUGUGCUCUUCCUCCAGGCCUGCAGAGACUAGGAAGCUAGCUUAUGGAUGCUUGCGCUCACUGUUUGACAAAGCAUGCCAAACAGGCUGUUUCAGGAUACAGCAUGUGCACUUCUCGCUAGACUUGCAGCACGGACAAUGGACCACCCAGGAAUUGAGGCGUCCUACUGAUUUUCAGCCUUGGACGCAGCCUUUCUUUGACAAGCUAGUUGCUUUUCAGUGGAGCCUAGACUUGGUUGAUGACAAGAAGAUCGGUGUGACUUCCGUGCCUCCGAGAAUUCACCCCGCUGACUUUGUGCUGUGGACCAUGGACAUCACACGUGACUUGCGCAGACAGGCACCAGAAACUUUUUGUGCAAAGACAAAGAUGCAAUCGGCAGCGCUGUCGCUGUUGACGCAGCUGGCGUCAUUCAUAGAUGGCCACAUGAGAGCAGUGACCAUGGAGUAUCAGUUUGUGUCAGAGUCUGGAGCUAGGCCGCGGGCGGCAGCCAAGAAGAAGGCUGCAAAUGAUCUGAUGAGGUGUUUCAGGCGUCGGAAACCAGCGGAGAGAACGUCCGCUGCAGUCGUUUGGGAGAUUUGCGGAAGGGUGAGCGAGCUCUUGUUUUCGCAAGAGGAGCGUUGGAUUUCCAAAGCCAUUGCCGCUGCUGGGGGAGGUGUCUCGAGUGUCACGAAAGCCGCUUACCGGAUCAGUGCAACCUGA